AUGCCUUCUACCGUGGCGCGACGGUUGUUCGAGGACCAAAUACCCUCGAUAAUGUCAGUCUAUGAGGUGGACAGCGGCAUCACGGAUUUGGACCAGUCAAACCCUGUCACGAUUGUCGACCCCAAGAUGGUCAUGGAGGGCGCAAAGCUGGCCGGGAACCCACAGCCGGGGAUGAGGCCUGGUGCCUUGCAGUCAGAUUCCAUCCACCGGCACAACGACAGCACAUCGACACAAACAACCGAGUCGGCCGAUUCCUCCCCCACGACCACGCUAUCAAUCGCAGAUUCAUCUGAUCUCUCGGAUCCAUCCCCGUCUUCGUCUCCCGACUCGCCGAUCAACCUCGCCCACCUUCCGAGCUUCGCGCCGACCCCCUUUGGAGGCCUGUCCAGCAUGGCCAGGCUCACGGUCUCUGACCCAAACCGUGAUCGGCCCAUGACUUCACCUGGGCCCAGGCGGCUUAAGAACAUGAAGGGCCUGUCCAUCCAACCGCCCACGACCUCGUCGUCGUUGUUAUCAGAGCCCUCCUCCCCCUCUUUCAUCAAGCCCAUGAUUGCUCCUAUGAAACGCAAGCCCAGUCAACUUAGCCUCAAGACCAACACCUCAGAUCUCAUCACCCACACGACACUCGAGGUUCCGAGUUCUCCAACCGUCGCUCCCAUCCUGCAGCGCCGCGCCCUGAAGCACUCGGCGUCAACCCCGCAGAUGCUCUCCGGCCUCCGGUCCGCGACAUUUGGCCCCCCUGGGGGGAUGACUAUACCAACGGUGUUGGAACGGAAUGAAUCCGGCCUUUCUUCCUUCUUCCGCCCGUCACGACCGGUUGAGGGCCCUACAAUGAGCUCGACCAUCAGGGAAGAGGAAUCGCCGAUACGCCCGCAGGUCGCGAAUCGCAUCGCCUUCGAUACCGAAGACUACCAUGAGGUCGAGAACAACGAGGACCAAAAGUCACCUGGUUACCCAGAUGGUCCGGUUGCCAUCUACGGCGACAAUGUUUACCUCUAUCUCGAGCCGACUGCAGAUGAGGCGGCUCGCUUCGACGUGGUCAUCAAUGUGGCUCGCGAAGUUGUCAACCCCUUCAAGUCUACCGCCGACGGCCACCAAACUCCGGGGGCCAAGGAUACCCCCGACGAAGACUCGCCGAUUCCCGAGACUGCGGCGACGACCGCCAGCUUCGCCACGGCAUAUGAGUAUUUCCCAGAGGACAGCACCCCGACGACGCCGAAAGCGCAAUCGUUCAAGGAACCCGAGUACAUUCAUAUGCCUUGGGAUCACAACACCGAUAUCUCGCCUGACCUCCUGAACUUGUGCGAAACCAUCGACAAGCGUACCAAGGAAGGGAAGAAGGUGCUUGUUCAUUGCCAGCAAGGCGCUAGCAGAUCGGCGAGUCUGAUUAUCGCCUACGGUCUCUACCAAAAUCCCGAACUCAGCGUCAACGACGCGUAUUAUGCGGCUCAGGGAAAGAGUCGGUGGAUCAGCCCGAAUAUGAGGCUGAUGUACUGCCUGCAGGACUUUCAGAAGCAGGUGGCCAAGCGGAGGCUAACGCCGAGCACUGGUUUGAAGCCGCGGCCGGGGAGGAGCCCUGCUCACCGAGCGACCAUGUCUGUCGACAACAUUGAUGCGCCGACAAAGGAACCGCUUACCGCCCCUUUACCGGCCGAUGACCCGGCACCGAGAGAUACGGACACAGAGAUGGGGCAAAGUCGGGCGCGAGGGAACUCGACCCCCAACCGAGGAGAACCGAUCUCACCGGGCCCUUCGUCCGCUCCAUCGAGCUUCUCGUGGUCAGAAAAGGAAGAUGAGGCAGACCCGGGGAAGUUCGGCCGCUUCAACAUCGAUGCAAUGCUUGCCCCUCAACCAGCCGACUCGGAGUUCCCUCCUCCAUCCUUUUUAGUCUCGAGACCGCCGCCAUCACCCGGGCUUGGCUCGUUUACAUUGUCCAAGCCCCCGCCUUCCCCAGGCUUCGGUACUUUCACAUUGUCUAAGCCGCCGCCAUCCCCGGGAUUCGGUGGUUUUAGUCAUUCGAAACCCCCGCCGUCACUAGGCUUCGGCGCAUUUAGUCAAUCGAAAUCGCCGCUGACACUAGGGCCUGGCACUUUCAACCAAUCGCAACAACCCCCACCUUCACCUGGGUUCGGCGGCUUCACGCUGUCGAAGCCCCCACCGUCCCCCGGGUUUGGGAAGUUUACAUUGGGAAAGCCCCCACCGUCGCCGAAGCUUGCCCCUCCGUCGAUGUCGAGACCGCCGGCUCCUACUGGACUCGCGCCACUCGAGCUAUCACGGCCGCCAAUGUCACCUGGCUUUCCGCCGGCCGAUCCUUUCUCGAAGCCGCCUCCUUCCCCUGGGUUUGGAGCUCAUAGAUUUGGAUCGAAACCCGGCACCUUUGGAUUCACGUCAUUGAACAUCGGCCCUCCGCCGAAGCCGAUCGUCGAACAGGCGCCUCCGACUCCAGAGCGGUCUGUGGCAAUCAUGCCCAGCUUCCCGGAGGACGAGGCUCUCAUGUCGCCGCGCGCGGAGACGAUGACCAGCAAUCCAAUCCACCAAUCCUUUUCCGAAAUGACUGGGAUGCAGUUCGUCGAGAGCCCGCCGACGCCGGGCGACAACAUGUUUUCGCCGCGCGAAACCAUGUUCCCGCGCGACCCUUACUUCCCGUUUGCGAGGCCGGUACAAGUCGCCGAUCCCCGAAGCCCGCCGACCAAGGGCGAGACGCCGAUUGUGCGGUCGAUGGAUGACAUGCUAUAG